CCCUGCCGCCACAACAACAAAACUUAACAAUACUCUUGUCAUGGAAGGGACGUCAUUACUCAAACCAAAUGCAAAUCCGUUGUUCUUGUCUAUGACAAGACAAAAUUUUAAUGGCAAGCUUUGGUGCGCAAGAUCUACUAUUUUUUCCCCGAAUAACAAAUUCGUUGGCCUUAACGCGAAAAGAUUUUCGAAAAUUAGUUUACUUUCAAAAGGCAAAAUAUAUAUUGCCAUUGCCCUGCCGUCAGACUUUGGACCGCAUUUGAUGAACUCAAGUUCAAAAGAGAUUAAUCAUCAAAAUGAUGUGCUAAAAACCAUCUCCAAGUGGUUCAGAAUUGGUGCGGUAGUGAUUUUGCAAUCUUUAUUAUUAAUGAUACUUUUAUACGGUCGUGAUUUGGCACUCGCUCGUUCGGGCGGUGUGAUGGGCGGACAUUCGUUUUCAUCGAACUCGUUCGGAUCGUCGGCGUCAAGAAGUUCAAGCUGUGGUUCUUCAUCUUCAAGAAGUGGUUCAUCAUCAUCAAGAAGAUCAAGAAGUGGUUCAUCAUCAAGAAACGUUUCAUCAUCAUCAUCAUCAUCAAGAAUUUCAAUCGGCGGUCCAUCACCAUCAUACAGAAGUUCAAGCAGUGGUUCAUCAUCAUCACCAUCAGCAACAGUGCCAUAUCAAUAUUCAACUCAGCAAACGGAAAAUUCUGCUAUCCUAUGGACAUUGCUGUUCAUAGCCAUAAUUAUGUUUGUUCCUUCAAUGGCAAGGGACGCUCACAGUAGACUUCCUACUCGACUAACAGUUACCAAACUAGAGGUGGGGUAUUCAGUCACCGGACCAAGCCUUCAACACGGUCUUAAUCGGAUUGCAGCAACUGCAGACGCAUCUGAUUCCCGUGGAUGGAUUUAUAUACUGAAUCAUUUUAUAGUUUUUAAUCUGAACCGCAGAAACUUUACUUCGGCAUUCUCAGGAUUGGGUAUCCUUUUAUUCAUUUAUAAGUGUGGAUAUGUUCUCCAAGAUAUUUGCCAUUUUUUCACUUGAAUUUGUAGUCUGAGAUAAUUUUCUUGAUCAAGUAAUUGGGGUACAUUGACAUUCAGGAUAAUAAUUUUAUGGGCAAAUGUUUAUACAUACAAAAUUACAUGCAUCAUAUGUAAUAUUUGUAAUAUUGUUUACAGGUGGAUGUGAAAAAGAACUUAGUAGAUACAGAAAAGUGCUUCAGGGAACUUUCUAUUGAAGAACGAGCAAAUUUUGAUGAAGAGACUCUGGUUAAUCUAAACAAAAUGAAAAAGAACACCAUAACUACUGAAGUAGUCGAUCAAUCCAAAUUUACGUAU